CAAUGUCAACCCAUCCACAGAUAAAAUACUCCAUUUACGUCUCUCGGAUGAUGACGUAGGCGCGGAUGAAGUAAUCGGCGCAGUUGAUGUGGACAUCAGUAAUAUCUAUAAAGAUUUUUAUGAAGAACGAUGGGUCUCACUGCCCGCAAAGAAUAACAAGACCGAUGGAGAAAUUCGUUUGGUGUUCGAAUAUUUCCCCUAG